AUGAACACCACGGGCUACUCUACACUGAACGCCGGGCACUGGGCUGUGUCUCCAACAGCAGGAAAUGGAUUAGGGAAUAGCACAUACAUUGAAAGCUCAAGUUACUAUGAUUUAUAUAUUGACUGGGAUAAAGUUCACCUGGUGACAGUGCUCAUCUGCCUCCUUGGCUUGGUGGGGAACGGGGCUGUCAUCUGGCUGCUGGGCUUCCGCUUAAAGAGGAACCCCUUCUCUGUCUACAUCCUCAACUUGGCCGUGGCCGACUUCAUCUUCCUCUUAGCCAACAGUAUAUGGGCCAUAUAUUAUCUUUUACCUUAUUAUGUAAGAAGGCUUAGCGAAGUCACAUUUACAGUCUUUUUACCAUCCUUCCUGGUGGGUCUGAGCCUGCUGAUGGCCGUCAGCACCGAGCGCUGCGUCUCUGUGCUCUGCCCCCUCUGGUACAGAUGCCACCGCCCUGCCCAUCUCUCCUCCAUCCUGUGUGCUCUCAUCUGGGGGAUGGGCUCUUGUUUCGGGAUAGGGGCGAUACUUUGUGCAUUCCGUUCUUACAUCUUCUGUAUCAAUGUUUACCCAGUUAUGAAUGUGACAUCGUUCCUCACCUUCCUGGUGCUCUGUGUGUCCAGCCUGACUCUGCUCAUCCGGGUCCAGUGCAGCUCCAGGAGGAGGCAGCCCAGCAGGCUCUACCUGACCAUCCUGCUCAGCGUCCUGGCCUUCCUGCUGCUUGGGCUGCCUUAUAGUGUGUUUCUCUUUGUCAUCUGGUUAUCACCAGGCCUACCAUAUUAUACUGAUAUUCUAUCUGCCAUCACCAGACCCCUCCUGGUCCUGAACAGUGCGGUGAACCCCUUCAUCUAUUUCUUCGUGGGGAGACUCAGGCAGCCAGGGGGCCGGAAGUCACUCCGGGAAGUGCUCCAGAGGGCAGUGACAGAUGAGGAGGAGGAAGCUGAGCAGGACAGAGGGGUCCCUGUGCCCAGCCAGGACAGCCUGUGCCCCUGA